GAAAAUAAAAUCAGCCAGUUAAGAUGAAGAUUUCUUGUGCCUUUCUGAUUUGCCUGCUUUGCGUGGUGGCUGUGGUUUCGUCUUCAGGUAAAGAAGCAUGAAAAGUAUCCAAUUUUUCUUCGCUUAUACUAGAUAUAAACUAUAUUCAAUUCUGAAAAUGAAAAGUUUUUUUAGCCGAUCUGAUUUUUCUCCUUAAAUUUUCAGUGGUUCUUCUCCACCUCGGGUAUUCGUCAUUAGCAGUCUACCCUUGUCGAGUGGUAUUUGUUCUAAUCUUGCUGUCUUCCUCCAUUUUCUCGGCUAGCUCUACGCUGCCCAAAAAUUCUAAACCACCGCGCCGUGCGUCUCGCUUUCGUUCUAUCGACACAUGUCGUCAAACAUCUUCUUAAUUUGGUCAACAAAAAGAACUGGUUGUCACACUUAUGUCCAGAAAUGCAUGCAAUGGCGAAAAUAGCGAAACUGGCGAAAAAUCGCCAGCCGCUGACGAUUUGAAUUGGAUGCCAAAAGUGGCCCCUUGGAGGCUGGCGAUUUUGGCGAAAAUGGCGAUUUGGGCAAAAAUUGCCAUGCAUGCAAUGGCGAAAAUGGUGAAACUGGCGAAAAAUCACCAGCCUCUGGCGAUUUGAAUUGGAUGCCAAAAGUGGCCCCUUGGAGGCUGGUGAUUUUGGCGAAAAUGGCGAUUUUGGCGAAAAUGGCGAUUUUGGCAAAAAUCGCCAGAGGGCUGGCGAUAUGAGGCAAAAUAUUCAAACUGGAUGCCAAAAGUGGCCCCUUCAAAGUAGAUAACUAAAGAGGUCCUUAUAACUGUGAGGCAACAGUACUAAAAAAAAGUUCAAAUUACUUGCCUAAUAAGAGGCCCCAAUAACUGUGAGGCAACAUUUAUCAAAUACAACUGAAUCAAAUAUAUGACAAAACAGCUUUACCUAACUGUCAAAUAACAUUAUUUUAUCAAAUACAACUGAAUCAAAUAUAUCUGAAAACAACAAAUGGAAGUCGUUUCAGUUAAGCUAAUAUGUAUUUGUGCCAUGUACUUCACAGGUUAAGUAAACAUUUCCUUACUUUCGAUGUCGCUUGACUUACCAAAAGUGAUGUGAUGCGCUGAAAUAUCACACUAGCAUCAUUUGCUUUUGUAUGGUUCAUUCCUUUCAAAGACUUACAAGUCCACUAAUUACUCGAGGAGAGAACUACCAAGUCCUUGAAAUCAUAAUAAUUCCUUGCCAUGGACACUCUAACUUUUGAGGUUCGAUGUAGACCUUAACAAUCCUCACUGGUUACAAUUCUCUUCACAUUGGUUCCAUUAAAUUGUGAGGCAGCCUUAAAUCAAAAGCGAUUGCGAAACGCAUGGUCCCUGGCUAAAAGAUGCUUUCACGAUAACCAGUGUGUGCCCUUCAUUCUUUUUUGGUUCUCCACUAUACACAUUAUCUUCUUCCGUCGUUUUAAACUCUUCACUUUCUUCUCGCACUUACUUGUUUUGCUCUUUAGAGAAACGGUCCCCUAAAAGUAUUAAAAGAAAGCCGAAAUGUCCAGCAGCUUGCAUGCGCCAUUUUGAAAUGUGUGAAUUCUCUUAUUUCCAAUUUAUGUAAACCUGCACGAAAUGUCACUUGUGCCCAAUACUUCACCGCAUUUAUUGAACAUAAACAUUGGAUCAAAGUAAUAACUUGUUUGUCUCUUUCAUAAAACAUAUCCCAUUCAAACUAAUUCUGUACCUUUUCAUCAACCAAAUACAUAAAAAGAUAGUGUACAUGUUUGUCUCGUUCUUAAAAAAUGUGUCCCAUUAUUGCUUUAUGAGGUGGGGCCAGAAAUUUAGAAAAUAUAUUGUUUUUUUGCGCUGAGACCACCAAACCAAUUCUCAGUACAAUAUGUGUUCCAUUAAAUUGCUAAUGCUAAUGCUCGUCGAAACACGUCACCCAGCCUUUUUACCUUCUAUUUUAACAAUUGCCUGAGAGUCCCUGUGAACGACAUUAAUCGUUUUGCUUACAUAGCGCGACCACCAAAAGUCGGCUGGGAAUGACACUAAUCGUUUCUACUUACAUAGAGUAGUUAUCCAAAAUCGACUAUUUCAACAUGGCCGCCGCGCCUAUAUAACAACUACGACACCUUACACGUUCAUGUUCUGUGAAACUGCAAUGAACCAGCUCGUUUAUAUAUACUUGUACGAUUGAACGCCAUUAUAACAAACAGGAUGGAUAUACAAGGCAAUACGGACCAUCUAAUUAUCUGAAUGCGUAGCCAAGAACCAACCUGGAUUCCUCAUAACAUAAUAUAUAGAUUUAGCCAGGGCUAAAAGCGAGGCUCCCAUUAGUAAAUUUAUAAUUUAAAUUAAACAAUAAACUUGUAUUCGAAUUCCACAAUUCAGUUAACUUUAGAGCACAUUUAUGUGACUUUUGAGGGAAAGGCUACCUGAUUUUAGAGAAAAAUAAUUUGCAAACAGCCCAAGAGUGAACCAAAUCUUACAUCGAGUUGAUAGCCUCAUAUAUAUGUACACUCAAAAACUGGUAAUCAUCUUUUAUCACAUUUAAGAGCCGUAAUGGCUAUUGAUCACCGUAGAUCAAUUAGGCUUAGAAAAAAAACCAGGCCAACGUUUUGGCGUUCGACAAGUUUACUUUGCAAAAUCUUGCCAACAAAUCUGGGUGCGUGUAAACCAACCUUUUAUACCAUGGACAGAAAGCAGCAUUUCACAAUACAAAUUGCUCUCAUUCAAUAUUCAUAAACUGUUAAAAAAAUUUUCCAAAAUCACCUAUACGGCCAUCCGGUUCUCACUUUUGUAGUGCGAGCUGUAGCGAGUGUUUGAAUGAACAUUAACAGAGUUACGCUCCAAGAUAAUAAAGAAUUUAUCAUGUUUAUUUUUUAUUUGAUGGUUUAACGCGCGGCAUUUUGAGAACUCCUGCAAGCGAUGUUCACUGAACGACUUAAAACAAUCGGCAUAGCGAUUAAAAUUGCAAGAGAGACUACUAACAAUCAAUAAAAGAAAUAUAAUUCGGUGAAACAUAAACAGAGACAACAAUUUUCAUUCAGGAAGACAAGUAUUAAAGUGUCCCUAAAUAUCCUGAAUCUUCAAGCUUCAAGCUUAAGUUUGCUGAAGUUUAUGUUUUAAGCCAGCUUCCUGGUGUUUGUUUUUUCAAAGACGAACUCGAGGCAAGAAAAUCGCUCAAAGCUUUCUUUUCCGGCUGGAAUUAUAACUAAAGAUUCUUUGGAACAUUUUCUUUCUAUUUGCGGUGAGAAACUGUCUAAAGGCUUUUUAAAGUUCUGUAAGAUUAUAUCAAACCAGAUACUCGGUGAGAUCGUUGUCUCAAAUCUUACAAACGCGCAUAAACUAAAUUCCCGCAUAAACUACGCUCCACUUCAUUAAAUUAGAUACAAAAAACAAACAUGAAAUACAAUCAUUUCUCUGGCUUACCAUUCGAGAUGCAGCUCCUGAAAGUUAUCAGGUAAAGCCAGUAUCGCUUCAGACUUUGCAAUCCUCUUACGCAUCAAGCAAGGUGAAAAGGAAAACGAUGCCAUCCGAAAUCGGAUUUCCGACUUUGACAAGCGACGUUUUCUCAACCAAAAACCCAAUAAACAAACUAGCCAUGAGUAACAGAAGACUCCUGAUAGCAGCUGAAUUUCAUUUUGUACAUCCAGUGGAAAAAGACAGUUAAAAACAUCACAAGUUGACACAAAACUCUGUCAGCUUCAGCUGUUAAAGUAAACAAGAUUCAAGAUGCUGCAUAAAUUUUGCGCAUGAACUCACCUGUCAAAUUUUGACCAAUCAGAGCAUAAAAAUUGGACGUAGAGCGUGACCAACGCGUGACCAUUGUGAGAAAAAACAAAAGCAACUGUCUUCCCUGCCUGUAACAGCUGGCUGAAUUUUCACGUCCGAGGUCAGUUUGCAAUCAAAAUUUUAAUUGUGCAGCACAUAAACACAACAUAUUUCAUAUGAAUUAAGAAAAAAAAUUGAACUUGAGCCUGCGAUCACUUGAAAACUAGUUUACUUGUCAGCGGAUAACACCUGAGCCCGCGAUACGGUUAAGUGAUACUGGUCAGCGGGUACUCUGUUUUGACAGCUGUCAAUUGAUCAAAACAUUAAUGUCCAAUAUGUGUGCAUUAUCAGUUUUCCUGUGCUCCCAAACUAGUAAAAGUAUGAGAUUGAACGUUGUUCGCGAUCUAGUAAAACAGUUAACUGGUCAGCGGACAGCUUCCAAAUAAAUCACGUCACCUCGAUGAGUUGACACAUGAGCCCGCGAUAUGGUCAUGGGAUACUGGUCAGUGGCUAUCCUGUUUGGACAGCUGUCAAUUGACCAUAUUGUUAAUGUCCUAUAUUAAAGAUGUGGACUUGCCAAGACACGCCUGAGACACCCCUCCCUUCCUUUUGAUAGUCUCCCCUACCCCACCCAUACAAUCUGUAGACGCGUACGUACGUACGUACGUACGUACGCUCGGUCAAUCACGUGACAACCAAACGAAAAGAGGUUGACCAUAUUCCAUGGGUAUGCAUGGGGCUCUGUCCCACGCGCGCUUCGCGCGCGCGGGAGCCCCGCUAUAAUGUUGAACUGUCGCUAUUCAAACAAUGCCUACAAGCCUGGAAAAUUAAGGAUACCUAUCUUGGAUUUUUUGGUAAGAAAGUUGCCAUGAACAUUACGAAGAUUACCAUUUACUGAUAAUCGAAUACAACUCGGUGGCCAUUCGAUUUGAAUUGAGCAAGAAAUUAGUUAUAAGUGGUAAUUCCCGACCAAACAGUCUUGUCUGGGACGAAUUUCAAAUCACAAGAGGUUAUCAAUUAAAGGUAAAAGCAUUAAAAACAGAUUAAUGACACUUAAGUUACAGUAGCGUUGUCAUUAUUAGUAUACAAUUAUACUACUGGAAACAUUUCUAUAUUAAUAUGUGGUUAACUAUUUGGCAAUUAAUAGCCAUUUCAAAAGGGACCCUUUGCUAUGUCAUUUCAAUUUGUCUUGACAAAUUAGGUAUUUCAUCGAGUAAUUGCCAUUUCUGCCAAAGCACGUUUUAAGAACGAGGCCAACAUGCACUCUACAUUUUUUUUUUAUUUGUGGUUGAUGAAAAGAUACAGAAUUAGUGCACGCCAUUUUCGCCAAAAUCGUCACUUUCCAAAGGGCCCCUUUGCCAUCUCAUUUGAAUUUUUGUUUAUAAUUUGGCAAUUUCGGCGAUUAAUCGCCAUUUCCGCCAAAUACGCCAUUUUCGCCAAUAUCGCCACUUUCCAAAGGGCCCCUUUGCCAUCGUGUUUGAGUUUUUGUUUACAGUUUGGCGUGUUUGGCGAUUAAUCGCCAUUUCUGCCAUUUUCACCAAAUACGCCAUUUUCGCCGAAAUCGCCACUUUCCAAAGGGCCCCUUUGCCAUCUCAUUUGAAUUUUUGUUGACAGUUUGGCGAUUAAGCACCAUUUCUGCCAUUUUCGUCAAAUACGCCAUUUUCGCCGAAAUCGCCACUUUCCAAAGGGCCCCUUUGCCAUCUCAUUUGAAUUUUUGUUUAUAGUUUGGCGAUUUUGGCGAUUAAUUGCCAUUUCUGCCAUUUUCGCCAAAUACGCCAUUUUCGCCAAAUUCGCCACUUUGCAAAGGGCCCCUUUGCCAUCUCAUUUGAAUUUUUGUUUAUAGUUUGGCGAUUUUGGCGAUUAAUUGCCAUUUCUGCCCUUUUUGCCAAAUACGCCAUUUUCGCCAAAAUUGCCACUUUGCAAAGGGCCCCUUUGCCAUCUCAUUUGAAUUUUUGUUUAUAGUUUGGCGAUUUUGGCGAUUAAUUGCCAUUUCUGCCAUUUUCGCCGAAAUCGCCACUUUCCAAAGGGCCCCUUUGCCAUCUCAUUUGAAUUUCUGUUUACAGUUUGACGAUUUUGGCAAUUAAGCGCCAUUUCUGCCAUUUUCGCCCAAUACGCUAUUUUCGCCGAAAUCGCCACUUUGCAAAGGGCCCCUUUGCCAUCUCAUUUGAAUUUUUGUUUAUAGUUUGGCGAUUUUGGCGAUUAAUUGCCACUUCUGCCAUUUUCGCCAAUGCGUGCAUUUCUGGACAUAUCUCAAAUAAGCUGGGAUAAUCAAGCCAAUCAGAAAAGGAUAAAUAUUUUGAGCGAAUAAUUAAUAAUUUAUAGACAUCAAUAAUUUUACAGGAGUGACAAAUCACAAUCGACAUUAUUACUAUAACUAUUAUUCAGAUUACCAUUAUUGGUAAAGGAGGGGGGGGGGGGUUGUUAAAGGUCACGUGAAGGAAUUCCUUCUACCCACACACCCUAGUGCUGGGGUUUUCAUGUAUUCCUGUGCAUUGUAUUCUCGCCAGCAAUGUUCCAUGACAAUUAAUUUGCUUACUUAUUAAGAUAUUUGAUGAAAUUUUUAGUUAAUCGAGAUAAAAAAUUUGUACACUCUGCUUGUCAAAUAUUGUUUGUUACAUUUCAGCUGUGCCAUUAAAACUUGAAGAAAAAUUCGACGUGACAGACCAUGCCCAAAAGGUGGAUUGUAUUAUUACCGGACCUUAUCUAAGUAAGCUAGCAAAAAUACAAUCCUUAAUUUUAGACCUCUUUCAUAAUGGCGGGCUAUUAACAUAUUACUUUUAUGCGUAUGAUGAUUAGCCAUUUCCGAGUUACAAAAACUCUCACUUUAAACACAAGGCUUAGUGCGAGACCUUUCAUGUGAAAAAGAGGUUUAUUUGAAUUAGAAUAAAAAUCAUUUUCUUAUCAAUGGCUUUGCAGUUAGGUUCCCUUUCAAAACAAAGUUUUGGCGCAACUUGGAAAUGGUCUAUUUAUUGAAACGACAUCCUUUUAUAUAUUAGGGCCUGUUUACAUGGAGGUGGGGGACCCCAGGUAGGUGAGGUAACCCGCUUUGGUGGGUAACCCGCCUGCCCACAUAAUCUCUCAUUUUAAUUUGAUCACGUUUGCAUGAUAGCUGGGGUGACCCGCCGCAUGUUACCUCACCUAUCUGGGGUCCCCCACCUCCAUGUAAACAGGCCAUGAGAAGAGAACGUUAAUAGCGCGUGAACGUAUGCGCAGUAAGGAUGCUCAACGCAGCACUAAGGAAAAACCUUGAAUGAAAUUGAAAAACUAUGACACACUGCCAUAAAAGGACUGAAUUACCCUAUAAGGGAGUGAACAAAACCCGCUGUCAGAUACCUGUGCCACCUGUACACAGUUUACCGCGAAUCAAGGAUUUUUCAAAAAUACUUCCACGCUAAGGCCCUUCGCCUUGAAUACUCCGGUGCCGACUAAGUAGGCUAAGGUUUAAUUUAGAAUCCUUUUUAUAAUCAUUUCGGGAUUUUGAUUACUGGCCGCUUAAAGAGAGUGGCCGCCUUGCCAAGAGAACUUUGAAAUGUUCCCUUCAAGGGAACAUUUGUUUUUGCUUUUUUCAGUUGUUUUUGCUCUUUGAUAGACACAGCCACCAGUGACGUUAACAAAUUAAGGCAUAAAAAAAGGUUAUUCAUAAAUAUUUCUUUAUGGUGGACAGUGCACUUAGCUUAUCCAGCCAGCUCACAGGAACUCCACACAAAAUUAGAAACACACUCUUGGUAAGCGAGGAUACUUCCACGCUUAGGCCUUUGCCCUAAAUACACCUUCACCGACUACGCAGGCCAGGUUUAAUUUACAAUUAUUUCGGGAUUUUGAUUACUGACCGCUUAAAGAGAGUGGUUGCUUAUUACUUUUUUGGCCAAGAUAAGUUUAAAGCUUUUCUUGUUUUUUUUUUUUCUUUGACAGAAAAACCAAAAAAGAACAAGAAGAAGAAAAAAACUUGGAAGACCUUUAUUUUGACACGAUAGUAAUAAAGGGUGAAGAGUUUGUGGGAUCGUUGUGCAC